CUCCCCGCCAUUGCGCCGGGCCUGCGGAAGGGAGGCCCCUCCAGGUCCUGCCUCCCACUGCCCCAAGCCGAUGCGGACGGGUCGGGUCGCCGCGAAGAUCAUCUUAUGCUGAACUGAUCAGGUACUUUGAAAAUGACCUCAAAACGCCUCCGGGCAGCCUUCAUACUUGCUGCGUUAACACUUUCAGUUACAUUUUCUCUCCAACUGGACCAGCAAAAGGUUCUACUAGUUUCAUUUGAUGGAUUCCGUUGGGAUUACUUAUAUAGAGUUCCAACACCCCAUUUUCAUUAUGUUAUGAAAUCCGGGGUUCGUGUGAAACAAGUGACUAAUAUCUUUAUUACAAAGACCUACCCUAAUCAUUAUACUUUUGUAACUGGCCUCUUUGCUGAGAAUCAUGGGAUUGUUGCAAAUGACAUGUUUGAUCCUAUUCUGAACAAGUCUUUCUCCUUGGAUAACAUGAAUAUUUAUGACUCUGAGUUUUGGGAAGGAGCAACGCCAAUAUGGAUCACAAACCAGAGGGCCGGACAUGCCAGUGGUGCAGCCAUGUGGCCCGGAUCGGAUGUCAAAAUACAUGAGAGCUUUCCCACUCACUACAUGCUUUACAAUGAGUCUGUUUCAUUUGAAGAUAGAGUUGCCAAGAUUAUUGAGUGGUUUACAUCAAAAGAACCCAUCAACCUUGGUCUUCUCUAUUGGGAAGAGCCUGACGACAUGGGCCACCAGUUGGGACCUGACAGUCCACUCAUGGGGCCUGUCAUUUCAGAUAUUGACAGCAAGUUAGGAUAUCUUAUACAAAUGCUGAAAAAGGCAAACUUGUGGGACACUCUGAACCUAAUUAUCACAAGUGAUCACGGAAUGACCCAGUGUUCUGAGGAGAGGGUAAUAGAACUUGACCAGUACCUGGAUAAAGACCAUUACAUCCUGAUUGACCAAUCUCCAGUAGCAGCUAUCUUGCCCAAAAAAGGCAGAUUUGAUGAAGUCUAUGAGGCACUAGCUCAUGCUCAUCCUAACCUGACUGUUUACAAAAAAGAAGAGAUUCCAGAAAGAUGGCAUUACAAAUACAACAACCGAAUUCAACCAAUUAUAGCAGUGGCUGACGAGGGGUGGUAUAUUUUACAGAAUAAGUCAGAUGGCUUUAUGUUAGGCAACCACGGUUACGAUAAUGCAUUAGCAGAAAUGCAUCCAAUAUUUUUAGCCCACGGGCCUGCCUUCAGAAAGAAUUUCACAAAAGAAGCUGUGAACUCCACCGAUCUGUACCCACUGCUCUGCCACCUCCUCGAUAUCCCUGUCAUGCCGCACAACGGAUCACUCAGGAGUGUCCAGGACCUGCUCAGUUCAACAGCUUCCAAAGCGAGUCCUCCCACGCAGAGUGCUCCACUCCUCCAUGGUAGUGUCAGACCGGGAGAGUACACGCGAGGGGAGGCAUACGCUUAUUUCAUAGGGGUCUCUCUUGGUAGCAUUCUAGUUGUUGUAUUUUUUAUAAUUUUCCUUAAACAUUUAACUCACAGUCACAUACCUGCCUUACCAGAUAUGCAGGCUGAAAUAGCUCAACCAUUAUUACAGGCCUAAUGCUACGUAGAAGUGGCAAUUGUGUAAUUAUGUCAGUGUUUAAAGGUUUCAGAUUCUAGGAAACUACUUAAAUGUUUGCACAGACCAUUAAGCAAUUAUAUACAUAUUGAGGCACAGCCUCUUUCUCACACACAUGCACACACAUAGAUGGACCAAAAUACACAUACCUCCAAAGGAUUAAAAAUGUGGAAGUGUGUUUCCAUUGUUCUGUCUGGCUUAGGGAGAGAAAAGAUCCUGCUUUAUUUGGACUUGGCACAUAUAAUGUAUAUAUGUAGCAACUCUGCACUAGUUAACAUACCUUAUAUAUUGCACUUUAAAUUACUCUCCUAAUGGGUACUCUUAUGUGAAAUGCACUUUAUUGACAAUUAUGUCUUAUAACUUGUUUGAAAAAGACAACUUUUUACCCCAUGUCACAGAAUACUUGUCGUUCAAACUGAAUGAGUUUCUGAUAAUUUCUGAGUAAUGUAGAAAUUUACUUAAAUUGGGAGAACAAGAAGAAAGUGAAAACUGUUGAAAAUUAAAUGGGACAACCUUUGUGCACUGAAUUUUGAAGGGAUGCACUCCUAACAGCAGGAUGUAUCUGGGCAUCCCUUGUCCUAUGUUUUUCUAAAGGACUUAGGUUGUCAUUUUACACCCCCACCCCAAAAAAAGAUUCAAUUACUGGCAGACUCAUUCUAAACAUAUUGUUUCUGUUAUAAAAUUCAUUAUUGCUAUUUCCUGAAUGGUCGUUUUACUCUGAUUUUGUUAUAACACCAUGAAUAUACAUUUCUUCCCUCUGUGGUCCAGCACUGGCCUGAAUGUUAGAGAUCAGGCAUCAUCUCAGCAAUGUUUUCUCUUGUUCUAUAAUUACUUGCUGUUUUGAAAACUAAAUCAUUAAUUACAUUAAAAAUCAAAUUAGAUAAAA